CACCUAAACAUCCCUCCAUCACCCAAUGAUCGCGAGCGGACACUUGGAAAGGGAAGUCGUUUCUCGCUGAGCUCGCCGGCUAUUUCAGCAUCCCGUGGCCAGUCAUCAUCCCACAGCCAAUGGUGGAGUGGCUUGGAGUUGCCUCCCGCUCAGCCGGUCCCUCCUCGCGCUGUCCUCGACGUGCACGCGCGUGGUGGUACCCAACGCUCGCGAAGAGGAGGAGGAGGAGGAGGAUGUGGCGCGCGGAGGGGAAAUGGCUGCCGAAAACAAGCCGGAAGGACUGAAGAAAAUUCGUAAUCCGGAUCGAAUGUACAGAUCAGCUGUGUGUUAUUCCGGCCAUGCUGCUCCUAAGGGUGUCAGUGAUGACACAGAGAUGAACAAUGAACAUGGACAUUUGAAAAUAUACCUGCCCAAAAAGCUGCUUGAAUGUCUACCAAAAUGCCCCUCAUUGCCAAAAGAGAGACACCGGUGGAACACGAAUGAGGAAAUCGCAGCUUACUUGAUAACCUUUGAGAAGCAUGAUGAAUGGUUAACAACAUCCCCUAAAACAAGGCCACAGAAUGGGUCGAUGAUACUGUACAACCGGAAAAAGGUGAAGUACAGGAAGGACGGCUACUGCUGGAAGAAGAGGAAAGAUGGCAAGACCACGCGAGAGGAUCACAUGAAGCUGAAGGUGCAGGGCGUAGAGUGUCUCUACGGCUGUUACGUGCACUCCUCCAUCAUCCCCACCUUCCACCGCAGGUGCUACUGGCUGCUGCAGAAUCCAGACAUCGUCCUGGUGCACUACUUAAACGUGCCAGCCAUAGAGGACUGUGGGAAACCAUGCGGUCCCAUCCUGUGCUCCAUCAACACAGACAAGAAGGAAUGGGCCAAGUGGACCAAGGAGGAGCUUGUGGGGCAGCUCAAACCAAUGUUUCAUGGCAUCAAGUGGACUUGCAGCAAUGGGAACAGCAGCUCUGGUUUUUCGGUGGAGCAGCUGGUGCAGCAGAUACUAGACAGCCAUCAGACCAAGCCUCCUCCCCGGACUCAUAACUGCCUCUGCACUGGCACACUCGGUAAGGGACAGAAGGGAGACACAGAGAUGGGCCAAAAGAGAAAAACAGGUGCUGGGAGCAGCGUGCACCACAAGUGUAACAGUGCUAAACAUCGUAUCAUCUCUCCUAAAUUGGACCCUCGCACUGGCACCUACAGCAGUGGUCACUCCGAGCUGCAAAACAAUGACGUGUCAGAAGGCAAAACAGAACACAGCCAUGCUGGUGGAAAAGCAGGCACAGGGGCCACAGGAGGGGGAACAUCACGGGAAAAACGUAAUGGAAAAGUGCAUAAGCCUGUAUUACUGCACCAGAAUAGCACUGAGGUCUCAUCUACCAACCAGGUGGAAGUUCCGGAUACAACCCAGAGCUCACCUGUGUCCAUCAGCAGUGGUCUAAACUCAGACCCUGAUAUGGCUGACAGCCCUGCUGUUACCGGAAUGAGUCACGUGGCCUCAGUACUGAGCAGCCUAUCUCAGAACGUCUUCAUGUCAGAAGUACCUGGUGAUCCGGUCUACAACAUGUCCCCCACAGGAAGUGCUAAUGCUCACCUUAUGGGACCUGAUGCCACCUCCCAUGGACUGGUGCUUACUGUCUCCUCUGACAGCCAUAAGUUUGCCUUUCCGGGCAGUGGGGGCACAGAGACAGGCACACCAGGGGCCUCAGAUGGACUCGCUAUGCUGUCUGCAGCUGGAGUCUCUGAGGAGCUUGUCCUCUCAAGCAGCCUGGAUUCAAGCAACAUCAAGCUGCCAGAGACCACAAUGAACUUUGAUCCAGACUGCUUUCUGAAUAACCCAAAGCAGGGCCAAACUUAUGGGGGCAGUGGGCUAAAGCAAGAGAAUGGCUCUUCAGGUACCAUGGCUAGCUCCAACGGCCUGCAGCACUCUCCAUCAAUGUCCAACUCCAGCUUCACCUUCAACGCGGACAUCAUCAAGAACAUCAAGACUGAGGACACCUCCUUCGAGCAGCAACUGGCCAAAGAAAGCGGCUAUCAGAUGGGGACAGUAGUAAGCUGUAGCGUUUCCAAUGGUUCAAGCUCUCAAGGCUCACUAACGUUAACCCCAGCAGGCUCACUACUGCCUUCUGGAGGAGGACUGAGUCCCAGCACCACCCUGGAGCAAAUGGAUUUCAGUGCCAUAGAUGCAAAACCUGACUUUUCUUCCAGUACAUCAGUGGGUUAUGAGCAGGCAAUGAGCAACACUCAUCUGGCCCAUCAAAGCCACUCACCCAGUUUCUUCCUUCAGGACACACCACAGUCAGCUCAGAACCAGCAAGGCAGGCAAAAUUCAGGCCAGAAGAGCCAUUUGCUGGAGCACAAUUCCCAUGACAGGGCCUAUAUGGGCUUACAGGUGGUAAAAACAGACUCACCUGGUACCAACGGCCAUCUCCACCACCACCAUGGUCACCAGAACCAGCACAGACCCACCUGCAAUGGAAACUCUGCUGCAGAUAACCAAGGGCAGAGUGGAUCUCUUCAACUACUACAGUAUCCAGGAGGCUUUUCUAGCCUUGGGACAGAGCAUGAGGAUGUGGUUGGUCAUGAUCAGGCUGGCAGUACAGCUUCCAGUCAGGCCAGUAGUGUUGAGACCAGAUCAGAUGGCUUGCUCAAGCCUGGGGAUCACCUUCAAGCCUGUGCAGGGGGCAACACAGAGGGCGGCGGAUCAGAGCACUACCUGCAGCAAGGUUCUGAGAAUGGAGUAAGUAAUGAAGCUAUAGCUCUCAGGAACGGGAAUUCUAGUGACAACACUAAUGGCCAACAGCAGCUGCAGCCUCUUCUGCAGGGGGCUGGGCUGGUACAGGGGCUCUACAAUACGGUGGGGACCCACCAGGGUCUAAACGAAGCUGGAACUGGCAGUACCGGGGGCACUGGCAUGGAAAUCAGCCUCGAUCACUUUGACAUCUCCUUUGGCAACCAGUUCUCUGAUCUCAUCAAUGACUUCAUUUCAGUGGAUGGAGGAGUCACUGCUGUGGGUUCUGGUGGGGCAAUUUAUGCCCAUCAGCUGGUUGCACCACCUGGCUCGGAUGGGCAGACAGCCUCAGGAGCAAACCAUCAACAAAGCCAAGGGGAUGGGAACAACAGAGUAACAGGAUAUAGCACUUCUGACCUCUGCCUCCAGCCGUGCUGCAGUCCCCAGGGUCUAGGUGGUGGAACAACUGGUGCAGGGGCUUCAGGGGACACAGGCUCACUUUCCUACAUGCAUGUAGCUGACGUUGUAUCGGCAGCAGUGGCACAGGGCACACUGGGUAUGCUGCAAGCCACCGGGAGGCUCUUUAUGGUGACUGACUACUCUCCAGAAUGGUCCUAUCCAGAGGGUGGGGUUAAGGUUCUAAUCACUGGCCCGUGGCAGGAGGCUAGCAGUCAGUACAGCUGUCUGUUUGAUCAGAUCUCUGUUCCUGCUUCGUUGAUUCAGCCUGGAGUUCUGCGUUGUUACUGCCCUGCCCAUGACACAGGAUUAGUGACUCUGCAGGUGGCAGUCAGUAAUCAGAUCAUCUCAAACUCGGUGGUGUUUGAGUACAAGGCCCGUGCACUGCCCUCUCUGCCUUCAUCCCAGCACGACUGGCUCUCUCUGGACGAUAACCAGUUCAGAAUGUCCAUUCUGGAGCGGCUGGAGCAAAUGGAGCGCCGGAUGGCUGAGAUGGCCGGUCAGCAGCAGCAGCAGCAAAGCAAUGGAGCAGCUGGAGGAGCAGGAGCUGGAGGAGGAGCAGGGGGAGGUGGAAAUGGAGGCAACAGCAGUAGCAGCCAGUCGCAAUGUCUGUCAGGCCAGGGACAGGCGGGCAGCUCGUUUGAGAGCCGUGUGGUGGUUGUGUGUGAGAAGAUGAUGAACCGCGCAUGCUGGGCCAAACCCAAACACCUCAUCCACUCUAAAACCUUCCGGGGAAUGACCCUGCUGCACCUUGCUGCUGGACAAGGCUACGCCACCCUCAUCAAAACUCUCAUCAAGUGGCGUGCUAAGCAUGCAGACAGCAUUGAUCUGGAGCUUGAGGUGGACCCACUUAACGUUGACCACUUCUCUUGUACACCAUUGAUGUGGGCCUGUGCUCUGGGUCACCUCGAAGCUGCAGUGGUACUGUACAAAUGGGACCGCAGAGCUCUGACAAUCCCAGACUCUCUGGGCCGCCUGCCUCUUUCCAUCGCCCGCUCACGAGGACACACCAAACUGGCUGAGUGUCUGGAGCAGCUUCAGAGAGAGGAGCAGCAGCAGCAGCCUCCCUCCACCCACAUGACCUUUUCUUCUAAUCCUGAUGCUCCCUCCUCUGACAGCUGGAUUGUCAGCUGGACCAAUGACGGCAUGGUGGCCCCCAGCAGCCACAAGGGCAUUCCACCCGUCACUGCUACCACCAAUCCCUCCAGCAACAUCACUUCUGAUUUAAGACGCCCCAGAUCUGAGCCCUCCAGCUACUACAGCAGUGAGUGUCAACGGGAUCUCCCUGCAGCUAAGAAACACAAACCGAACCCAGAAGUGGCCCAGACGCGGCCGAAUAAAGCUGUCUCGGUUCCCUUGAGCCUAGAGCACCAGCAGCUCCACAAGCUCUCCCCCAGCCCAAACACACUCCCUUCAGAUACGCCCAGUGCUGAUCAAAACUCAACUGCUGAAGGCACCAAAACCAGUGGCAUCUCACAGGCGAAACUGAGCUCCUUUCGCACAGGGGGACAUAAGUGGAGCUCCAGGGAGGUGUACAGAAAAGUAUCAGGAGGAGGUGGAGGAAGCAGCAUAGGGAAGGAGAAGCUAGCAACCAGGCUGCGUCAGCGAGGAGAGAACCUUAGCAUGAUGACCAUGACGGACAGAGAGAUGGUAGACACCGAGCUGCUUACCUAUAAAGAGGACUUGGAGAACCAGGACUGUCUUUCACACAUGGAAGACUUGCAGGCAAACAUGAUGACCUUGGCGGAGCACAUAAUCGAAGCGACGCCAGAGCGCAUUAAGAGGGAGAACUUCUCAGCUGUGGAGUCUGUUCCUCUGGACAGCAGUGGCCUGAGCAGCACGAUGAGCUGGCUAGCUACUUACCUGGGAGAUGUGGAGCAGCUGCCCAGCAUCAUCCAUCUGAGGUCUCUGUAUAGUGAACCUCUUACCCCCAACCCGGGUCUGAGUCCAGACGGUUCCCCUCAGUCUGACAGUCCAUUUGAGAAGGCUGGCCUGCCCUCCCCGGCCAACUGGACUGAGUUCCUGAAUGCUUCCAACAGCAAGAUGGAGCGCGAGCUGUCACAGCUCACCCUUACCGACCUGGAGCAGAGGGAGCUGUACGAGGCAGCUCGGCUGGUACAGAGCGCCUUCCGCAAGUACAAGGAACGGCCGCUGCGCGAGCAGCAGGAAGUUGCAGCUGCUGUCAUUCAGCGCUGUUACAGAAAAUACAAACAGCUAACAUGGAUAGCAUUGAAGUAUGCACUUUAUAAGAAGAUGACGCAGGCUGCCAUCCUUAUCCAGAGUAAGUUUCGGAGUUACCAUGUGCAGAAAAAGUUCCAGCAGAGUCGACGGGCAGCUGUGCUGAUCCAGCAAUACUACCGCAGCUACAGAGAGUUCCGGCAGCUCCGGCCUCACAGACGCACGGCCACUUCAGCCCUGGUGCAGCACAAGCUCAGAAGUAGUUUGCUUACGAAGAGACAGGAGCAGGCUGCCCGGAAGAUCAUGCGAUACCUCCGCCGCUGCCGCCACAGCCCCUUGAUGGACCAUAGACUGUUCAAGCGGAGUGAGAGAAUUGAGAAAGGCCAGGGAACAUGAGAAUAUCCAGAAGAGCCCCCUCACAAUGUGACAUCCCUCUCCAGACUUCUUUACCUGUUUUUUUUUUUCUGUUUCAACCAGAUCUUUUACAAGAGGGGAAAAAAAAGAAUUCAAGCAGGAAGAGUAUGACUCUAAACAGAACUACACAGACGUCUGCUAUUAUACACCGAUUUUUCAUAUCUCUAUCUUCCUUCUGUCUUUCUUUUAUAAGAGAAAGAGCUGACGUUAAGAGUGGAAUAAAAAAAAAUAAAACUCAAAGCUAGGAUGUGAUCGGAGGAAGAACAUUUGCUUCAUGGCAUUUUUUGCACUUUUUCAUGGAUUUGGUUUGUUAUUUUAAAGCGCAUUAAAAAGGACAGAAUGUUGGAGCAGUGCGACUCUUCAGAGAAUCACAGAGAGAAGAUGGAAAGAACAGGUGGAAAGACUGGAAAAAAUAUGGAACCAAUGCGGAAACCUGGCAGGACCUGGCUGGAAUCGUAGUACAUUGUUUAAAUGACAAAUGUAACGUGUAGAAAUAUUGCGAGGCAUAUGAAAAAUAUGAAAAAAAAAAUCAUUUACAUCCAGUAUAUGAAAGAAGAAUUCUCUUAUAUAAUUAUAUUGUAAGGAGCCCAUCAUAUUAGUUACAAGGUAGAGCAGGAUGUUGAAGUGGCGGUGAGGCUAAAAAAAAAGAAUCUCUAACAUUUUCAAUGAAUGUUAUUCAUUCUUUUAAAUCCUAUAGUAGUCUGUGGUUGAAUUGGGCCAGUGCAAAAUCAGUGCAAACAUAAAACCACCAUGUCUCUGGGAACAAAAAAUAUGUCUGUGUGCAUCAAUUUAUUUUUAUCCCCCAGUGAAUGUACUGAAAAUUAUUACAUUCUUAUUGGGUGAUUUGCUAUGGACCUUUUCAUUAUGUUUUUGGAGAAAAAUAUUGUCUAGUUUUGGUUAGUAGUAGUCACUGACGAUGCUCUUAUUCUGUUUAAAAAUGACCUCCAUUGGCUCUUUAGGCCUUUAAAGGAAAGCGCACAGACAUUGCCUUGAUAUCUUAGAGAUUCUCUGAAGGGUCCCUAAGCAAGUCCUUUCAGCAACUGUUGGAAAAAUCCAUAUUUUUGACGACUGAAAGGUUUCUGUACAUAAAGAAAGUCGACGGAACGGUAUGUGAAGUAAGAACAUUUAUCUGAACAGGACUGUAUUUUAGAAAUAUUUUAUUUUAUUCAUUAUAAGGGGUCAAAACAGGAAGUCGAAAUCUGAAUAUUUGUAUAGUUUUGUUUGAAUGCCUAAUAAGUAUGGUUGUAUUGUUUGUACAUAUUGUAAAUACUCUGGGAUAAGAUGAGCUACGUGCAUGAAAAUCAAAGAUAAAGAAAAAAAAAGAUGAUUUAAAAAAAAAAGCAUUAGUGGCUAUGCUCUGUAAAACUUUCACUAUAAGAAUAUUUUAUUUUACUUUGAAUGUUCUUGAGAAGAACAUUUUGCUAAAGCAUGACCUUACUGCAAAUAUGAAAAAUACCAUACUUAUGAGGUAGAUGAAAACAACACGCAUUAUCAUUAGACGACAAUGGUUACGUUUACAUCUGUUUCAUCACGGGCUACCGAGAGACUCUUUCUCCACUGGUGCCAAGUAAAGUGAAUGCUGACUGUUUAAUGAGAAAUAAUAGGUUCAUCCUCGCUGAGCAGAAGACAAAGCAGUGAAAUGGGAGCACAUUAACUUUCAUCACUUUAUCCCCACUGACCAGUGAAUACAAGAAGUGCCACAGAGAGGAGAGGAUUUCAUAAGUAGACUUUUAGUCUUCAACAUUUCUAUAGUUUCUCAUAUUGUAAAUUCAAAACACAAAGAAAUUUUCGAUCUUAUCAAUGUUUGCGACCAUCUGUAUACAACGCGACCAUGUUAUAUUAUAUUAUAUUAUAUUAUAUUAUAUUAUAUUAUAUUAUAUUAUAUUAUAUUAUAUUAUAUUAAAAGGCUGCUCAUUUUUCAAUUUAAACAUGCAACACUGAUGGAAAAAGCGGUGACAGUUAAAGACUGGCGAGUCUUUCCUGCAUGACGUGACUGGACAUUUUGGUGCUAAUAACAACGAUGUAACAGGAUAACGAGAAGAAACGCUUGGCCGAUGUUGAGCUUUGACAAAAGAGCCAGCUGUUUGCACAUUUCGGCAGUAAAGUAGCUUAUGUCUUGUUCUAGUGGUUUUGGAGGCGCAUCACUUCCUGAGCGUUUAAUUAGGGUCCAAACCGUCAACAGGCAGCACUUCAAAUACGCUGAAAAUGAGAAUAAUGGCACACAAAUUGAUUUUUAAUAAGGUCAUGAGUCUAUUACUUUUCCAUUCAUUUCAAAUUCAUUGUUUAAGUGGUGCCAUAUUGAGGUUUGUUUUCUACAACUGUGUAAAAUUUGUUGUUGGUUUCUUGGUUUGUUUGUUGUUGUUUUUUUUUUAAUAUUUUUUAAUGUGUGAACUGUUCAGAGUGUUCGUGUGGAAAGUGCCUAAUCACAGCAAAUUUCACUCAACAUGCAAUGUAACAACUGGACGAAGUGAAUAUUUGGACAAUGGAAACGUGACAUUCCGUCAUGCUGAUUAUUUUAUGUAUGAUAAUGUUUUCUUCCAGUGUGCUCUGUCAGUAUUGCAGAAAGCUCAGUUAGUAUUUCAAGCCUGUUGGAACUGCCAGUCAGGAUUGCACACACAGUCCAGUGGCUAUUGCCUUGCAUUCAUUCAUUCAUUCAUUCAUUCAUUCAUUAAGAAAGAAGUUUAGGAUGUCUGCUAUUGCACUGCUGGAGCCACAUGAGAAGGUCUUAUUAUGCUUGCAUGGGAAACAUAGAUAACCGGGUGACUAAAGCACACCCAGAGCAUGCUUAUUUUUGUAGAUUUGUUAGACAGAUAGAGUUGAGGAAGAAAUAAUGUUCUAUAAAGCAAUGCUGGUUUAGUAGCUCAUACAAGGUUGGAGGGUACAGAGGUAAUGAAACGGAGGGCAGAAGAGAGACGUUCAGUGUAUAGGUUUGAUCAGUAUUCACAUUUACUCGAGCGGCACACGCAUUUCUCAACCAAGGUUUUAAUUCGUUUCUUACUGCGUUCAGUCACGUCAACAAAUCAGCUGUUGAUGCUCAUAUCUUCACGCCACUUUUACGCAUGCACAUAACAGUGAUGUGUCCUAUAUAUACAUAUAUACAUAUAUAAAUACGAAACCGGGUCAGAACGUGCGUUGUACUUGCAGGCAGUGGAUAACCACGACCUCUAGAGUGAAUCUCCUAGCAUUAGUGACAAGUUAGCCUCACUUUUUGUAUUUUUACUCAGGGUGCCAAAACUGGGGAGGGGGAAGUGGAGCAGGUCACUGGAGAAUCAGCUGCUGCUUACUGGGAAAAUGAGCCAGAGCCGAGUCCUGAUCAACUUACUGUGAUUUUGAUUAUUCCAUGCUGUUCAUUUUUAUUGAAACAUACAAAGCUGAUUUGUUUUUAUGCACCAUAGAAGUAUGUACUGUUCCUGAAAAAAGCCCCAACAAAACACAAAAACGACAGUAGGAAGAAAGGCAUCCCAGGGUAGUGGAGCUAUAAUUGUUGGUGUGUGAGCUACAGUCCUGUAUGUGCUUACAUUUCAGACAGAAACACUGCCAUUGAUAGAUAUAGAGUAUGAAUUUUGAAAGAAAAAAAAAGUACAAGGUAAUAAAUAAUAAAUAAGAGUAUUGACCUCAUUUCUAAUGUAAAAGAUUUCCCCUUUUAUUUCAACUUUCGAGCUGUAGGGUGCUUGAUAGAUGUUAGAUGGACCAUGGACUCACAGGGCGUAAGGUUCUCCUGAAAUGCUUACCGAUGAUCAUCACAGCCCAGACAUGGUCUCACGUUCAGCUCACAGGCAUCUAUCUUAGUGUUAGUGUUAUUCUUUAUUCAUUAUUGAAACUACCUUUCCUCCUUUUCUGCACCCAUCCUCAAUAAAAGGCACAUCGAGGUAACCGAGCCGAAAUCUGUCUCACAAAACUUUCCACUUGUGGACAUAGAGCAAUAAACAUGUUUUAUGAAGUUGAGACCUGCGAAUCUUAUGGAGAUUAAAAAACAAACAAAAACAAACAAAAAAAAAAACAAUUGGACACAUGCAAACUUACACUUAUGCAAAUGCCGAUAGGCUGGUGUGAGAUUAGUGUUCAGUAGGCCUAGUUUAUGGACAGCAGUUAUAGGACAUCUUUUACAGACCUGCACGUUUUCAUCAUUCCCAAAAACCCAGAAAAAUAGCGGCCCUGCUUUUAUUCUAGGCCACUGGGGCCUUGACACUUUGCAUGUGUAACUAGUGAUAGAGCUCUUUUUCUCUCCUCUCUAGCUGUCUUUCCUUGCUAUGUAGCCUUUGUCCCCCCCACCCCCACC